AGCUUCACUAUUUUAGGUGACGGACGCUAAAUCAAAAGAAAUGUCUCGCAAUAAUUCCUGUAUACUGCAGCACAGGUAGGCAACCCAGACUCCCCCAGGCAAACUGAGAUGCAAUAGACAGAUAGAUACACAGACAAAAUAUAACCUCCCACUAAGUAGAACCAUCCACCAGCAUGCUUGAGGGUUUAGCAGCGUGGAUACUGAACACCUAUAUAGGGGAGUAUGUGGAGAACCUUAACACCACACAGCUGUCCAUCGGCCUUCUACAGGGUGCUGUGGAACUUGAAAACCUUCCACUCAAAAAAGAUGCCUUAAAGAGUUUUGAUCUGCCAUUAGAGGUCAAAUCUGGUUUUAUUGGAAAGAUCACACUACAGAUACCAAUAAGUCGUCUGAGAAGUGAGCCAUGGGUUGUGUCGAUGGAAAAGCUUUAUCUGCUAGCUGGGCCUUUGAAACAAUCAGAGUACAAUGAAGAAAAGGUCAAGAAAGCUGAACAGGCCAAGAAGGCUAGCAUGCUGGAAGCUUUAGAAAAGAAAUGGCAGGUGCUGAAAGUUGAGAAGGCAGCGGAAGGAUAUGGUACCUCCUGGUUCUCGUACGGUACCUCGCUAGCCACCAACAUACUGGAGAACCUACAGCUGAAAAUUAAAGAUGUACAUAUUCGCUAUGAAGAUGAUGAGCUGAUACCAAACUUUCCAUUUGCAUUCGGCAUCACCAUUAAAAGUCUGAGUGCCCAGAGCACUGACGAAGCAGGGACUCGUAAGUUUGUAAGUAACAGUCUGGCAGAUAUGAUGUAUAAGCUUGUCGACCUGCAGAACUUCUCUUGUUACCUGGACACUGAUGCUAAGAUGCUGGGUAGUCCUCCAAUAUCUGAACUGGCGGAUGCUUUACACCCUGAUAUGUAUGUGGCCAACUCCACAGGAAAGUUCAAGGACCAUGAAUACAUCCUAGCCCCUAUCAGUGCCCAGACCCGUAUGAAGAGGAACACAUCAGUCCUUCCCCUGCGCUCACCUUCUCUGCCUCGGAUCGCCCUGGACAUGAAUCUGGAGAAGAUGGCAUUCUGUCUGAGUGAGAGUCAGUAUAGGUGUGUCAUACAAUGGCUCAAGGAGCUAGAACGACACGACCGGCGACUCAAACACAGAAAGUGGCGCCCUCUAGUGGGUGUGAAAAACAAUUGCAAGCUGUGGUGGAACUAUGCCAUUCAGGUCAAUCUGCACAUCAUUCGUGAAAGAAACAGGCGUCAGACCAAAGCGUACCUUACUCAACGGGUGAAGGACGUGAUCAAGUACCACCGUGCCUACAUGUCUUUUCUGGCUGGCGAGAUCCUCGACCAGGACCAUCUGACCCACAAAAACAAGAUGGAUGAUGAAUGGGCAUUUGAGGAGCUGAAAAUUUUGAGAGAGGUGACCUUUCAACGGGCAAGAAGAGAAGGAAAACUUGAGCAGGUGGCUGUUGAGAAAGAGGUUAGUCCUUCAGUGGCUGUGACCCCAGAUGAGAAACCACAGGAACAGAAAGGUGUCUUACAGCGUUGGUUCCCGGGGUGGGGUGGAUGGUACGGAGCCUCUGGAGCGGAGGGCGGAGCAGAUACAAACCAGUCACAGGACAAAAAGGAAAACCUGGAUGACAGCUCCGGAGAACCUCCCCCCAAAAUGUCUAAGACAUCUAGCUUUGUAAAGACCGAAUCUCAAUUAGAACAAGAGUUGAUGGAUGUAAUACAGGACACUUCUGAGAACACGACCUUCUUAAAGAAAGACUCUGUGUUUGCCAAACUAAACUUCAGCCUUGACUCAGGCUCAUUCAAGCUCCUUUGCCCAAAUGCUGAUGGAAUGCUAGCUCAAAGAGCAGAAGAGAGCAAACCUUUAGUGACAUUGUUGGAGCUGGAAUGUACCGCUAUCAACAUGAUGUUUGAAUCUCGACCAAGAACCAAGGCCAUGAAAUUUGGUGCCAGUGUCUCGGGUCUGUAUCUACAGGACAAAACGAUAAAAAAUCCCAGCUUCCCCAACAUGAUAUCACCACAGGUUAAGGAUCGCCUGGCUUCCCAUUCAAAGUCACCAAAUUCCAGCUUUUCCUUGCCACCUCUCCACCUGCCUAAGUCACCAGAGGGAGCGGCUACUAGUGUUCCUGAAGAGAAAAUAUUCCAGCUGAUGUAUGAAAAGAAUCCUGUCAAUACAAAUGCUAACUACCGAGUUACCAUAGAAACCAAACCAUUGGAUAUUGUAUACAAUGCAAGUACUAUAAGGAAGAUCCGGGAAUUUUUUUCCACCAAGAAUAUGGGGACAUCUCGCUCCUCACAGCUUCGACUUACCGCUGCUGCCAGACGUCAGUAUGAAUUUCUGAAAGAACAAACCAAAGCCGAGCUGAAACAAACUCUUGACCAGAUAUUAGAAGGAGAUGAAAAGUUGCAAGCAAAGAGAUGGGAUAUUAAGUUAGACAUUUCUGCCCCACAAAUCAUAGUGCCAGAAAACCUGGCAGACGUUGACACUCGGGUCGUUGUUAUAGACUUGGGACAUCUACAUGUCUAUAACAAAAAGUUGUCAUCCCCACAGCAGGAGGAGGAAAAGCCAGUGGAAGACAAUGAUGAUGAGUUCCAGACGCCCCUGUCGACACCGCCCAAUGAAGUGGACGAUGGUGAGGCAGUGGAGACGAAGUCUGAUUACAUCCCCUUGGACCACAGCUUAUCAGAGUCUUCACUGUUUGAGAAACUUUAUGACAAAUACAAUUUGGAGCUGUCAGAUCUCCAAGUGAUGGUGGGGAAGAUGACAGAUAACUGGCGCCACACCCGCGGAAGUCGUAGUUCCACCCACUUUCACGUCAUAGACAAACUCAGCCUCAACCUCCAGUUUGAGAGACGUUUGAUCUACACUCCUGACCCAGAGUGGCCAACUACAACUUUAAGUGGAAAUAUGCCGUGCCUCACACUCCAUAUCAAUGAACAAAAGAUGCUAGCCCUACAUCGGUGUGUGGAAAUUUUGAGCCAGCCCACCUCUGCUUCAUCCUCGCUCGGCCCUGAUUUAUCCUCCUCUGGUAGUGGUAUGUCAAUGACCGAGUCGGUGUCUGGGGUAGAUAUCAGUUCACAGACUGACAACCUCUCUCUCAACACCAGUUCUGCAUCUGAGAAGAAGAUGAGUGACAAGAUGAAGGAAGUAUUGGAGGAUUCACGUCUAAUGCUGGCAAAGUUUACCAUCAAUGCUAUGACACUGGAGGUUCAGAGUAGAGGGCGCCCUAUCGUGGAGCUUCAGGUGACUAAGGUGAAUGCCAACCUGACCAAACGUCCAUAUGACACCAAGAUAGGCCUGACAGUACACAGUCUCCUUGUGGUGGAUGCUCUGCAGCCUUAUGGAACAGACUUUGAAUUGCUUGUAGCUUCUCACAAAAAUGUCACACUAGACAGUCGAAGUGGAAGUAUCCGAGGCUCCGAGGCAGUGUCACCCGGUUCACCAAUGUCUCCUACUUCCCCACACUCCCCCAUGGAGAGCCUCAAUGAGUCCGCUUCCAGCACCAGUCUAAAGGUGGUACAGGAGGCCAUCUCCAAGACCUUUCAGGCCCUCGUCAACUCAGGCUCCUAUUCACUAGGUCUAAACAUUGGUGACAAUGAGCCGGCUGAUUUGAUACCUACUGUGGAGGAGGAAGCACUCAUAUCAGUUGAUCUAGAACUCAUCAACGAGAACUCACCAAGUAACACUACAGGGAAGGGUGCCCUACAGAUAGCCAAUCUACAGUUUAACAACCUGGAUAUCAUAGGUAACCAGGAGACCAUUGUGGAACUACUGAGUUUCUGUAAGACCAUCAGCCCUGAGAAGGACUCGUCAUUUUCUAGCUCUUCCACGUCUCUGACCAGAACGAAGCCAUCCACCAUCAUGACACAGAGUGCCAAUAUCUCUGUUUUGACAGAUCAGGAGGCAAAGCCCCACCAGGAAGUGACAGCAGAGUUCCAUCGUGUGAGUGUGUUGUUAAUUCACCUGGAGGACGUCCGUGGGGUCAAGCAUGCCCGCAAAGUAGCAACCGCAACAAUGUCAUCAGCUAAAAUACAAGCAACACUUGGGAAGGAUCUGGACUUGUCAGGGUCUCUGGGCGGUUUCCACGUACUGGACAUCACACCUGACAUACCCCAGUACCAGCAAGUGUUCAGUGUUGGUUAUGACUCCAGUGAGGAAAACACAGACAUGUCCACCUCCUGUUAUCAGCCAAGCGUCAUGUACAAGACUGCCCUCGAAUCCAUGUUUGAUGAAAAUGAAUCGGACACAAAAGCACUGUCCUUUCAUUAUUCUCGUGGUUUGAAGAGGUCAACAACUGUUCAAAAUUAUUCUGUUGAUUUAGACAAGACAGAUGAUGAGACUGGAGUUGACCAGAAUAUUUCAAAUCUUGAGCUACAUGUAGCUUCCAUGUCGUAUAUCCAUUCUCCUAGGAUUAUUCAUGAGAUUUCCUUGUGUGUUUCUGAAUUCAAGGAAUACAUGUCAGUUUUUGCGGAGUCUAUUAAAACAGCUGCGGCAGAGGUCGCCAUGGAAAUAAUUUCCAGUAAGUUAGACAUGUCUGUGAUAGGAGGCAGAAGUGUGAUUGGAGAUGUCAUGUCUCCAGAUGGUAAGAGGAUAUCAGCUGCCUGUCUUCAAAAGCAGGCAUCUAUGAAUAAACAACAGUCAUUUUUAUAUCCAGAGUAUGACGAACAACCGUCGGACAUUGCUCCGGCAAGAGUGUUACUCAUGAACAUUCAACUAGCCUCACCAGUGAUUGUGUUUCCUAGGUCUUCAACCAAUCCCCAGGCUUUCGUUGCCCAGCUUGGUCAAAUAUCCAUCAGCAACAGUGAUUUAUCCACUGAAGAACAGGACGAGGACGAGGCAGAACGAGUCAGUCGCAACAGAAUGUUGAUGGAAAUGCGUGACAUGAAUUUGUGUUCGGUCAAUCUGGAAGAUGACCUGCCCAAAGGCAUGUCUGUGUCACAGUACAACAAGAGCUUCAUGCAUUCUUUAGACCAGUUUGGUAUUCCAAUCAUUCACAACACUACCGUGCAAAUGAUUGUUGACUAUAUCCAGCCAGAGCCGGUGAAUAUCCUUCCUCAGGAGGACAGUUCAGCUGGCUGGUGCUUUGGUGAAGAUAUGUUUGAGGAGGGAGGCCAACAAAAACCUGUCACAGUGGAAGAAGUGAGCAACAUCUUGGACAUGUCAGCUAAAAUUGCUACACCUCUGAAGGCGGAAUUGUCAAAAGCAGUGUAUGAACAACUCCUUCAGACAAUAGAUAACAUGACCUACAGUGUUCACAUGGCUAGAGAUAUGGCAGGGCAGUUUGGCUCUGAAAAUGCAAAUGAAUUUCAGGAAAUUGAGAUUACAAAUUUGUCAGACAAGGAAAAUGUACCUAAAAAUUCUUUCACAAGGUCAGUAUCACAACCCGCUGAAAAACUUUUGACAAAACGAGUCCAGUUUGAAGUACCUGUGUUUAAUGUCGAAAUGAAAGGUGACUUUGGUGAAGGGGAGAAAGGCUUGGUGGAUUUGAAAUUGCAUAAUUUUCUUUUGAAAUAUGAAAAAAGCACCAGCUAUUGUUCCAACAUCAACAUCCGCUUGGAGUCGUUAACUGUUGAAGACUUACUGGAGGAUCCAGACUCGCCACACAGGUACCUGGUCACAUCCCGCGCUGCAUCAGACAAGGAAGACAAGACGAGUGACCUGAAGCAGUUCCUGUCCAGGUCCUGUCCCGACAGCAUGAUCGUAGCUCCAACUCCAGUAAUGCCUCGUUCCCUUCCAUCCAGUUUCCACCAAGAUUUACCUCCCCACACUAUGCUCUCCCCCUCAGUCGAACAAGUUCCGCAGCCACUUGGAUUGCUGCGGAAGUCGAGGUCAUCAGCUAUACCUGUCAAAUCUGGGCUGUACCCAAAGACCCCACCCCCUUCACCCCUGUUGUCGAGGAAACAGUCAGUCUGUGAUGCUCGUGAUGACACUCUGGUACACAUCAGUUUACUUCUGGUGGACAAACACUCCCCAGAGUAUGUCUCCAAGUUUGAUCAGACAAACCGAUUUGUGGAUGUCGACUUUAACUGCCUGGAUGCUAACAUUAACCAGCAGACUUGGGUGGUUCUACUCGACUUUCUUGGACUCGGCACCAAGGUUCACGACGUCAGUGUGUCUGAGCCUAGUACUGCAAGCACCGAGAAGCAAGAGGUCAAGCCCAGUAAAGAACCAGCACCAGUGUUCGUAAACUCUGUCAUUAAUCUGAAGGUAAAGAGCCUGAGUCUGAUGUUUAACAAGCCAGAGUAUGAACUGGCACGAGCUAACAUCUGUGAGUGGUCAUCUCACAUCCUGCUGAGAGAUGGUAACUUCAGCAUGUCCGGGCAGCUCGGCAACAUCUCUCUCCGAGACUGCUCCCCACAUGGCACUCUCUACAGGGAGCGCUUCAUCACCGUAGGCAAACAGGCUCUCGUGUUUGACUUCUUCAAGUACGGCUUACCUGACCCAAACCUGGAGAGAGCGGAGGACAUUACACUGAAGCUGUGCAUGGCAUCAGUGCGAUACACACACACAAACCACUUCCAGAUGGAAUUUGUGGCGUUCAUUCAAAACUUUCUACAGCUGCAGGAUAUGUUUGGACAGAUGAGAGCAGCAUCAGCUGGCAAAAAGGUGGCAGAAAAGGCCAGUAGAGGCGCUCGUGUCUCCCUAGACAUUGAGGCCAAUGCACCAAUCAUCCUCAUUCCUCACAGCUCCAAGUCCACCGACAUUCUUGUAAUGAACCUAGGAAAUCUCACUGUGAAAAACAGCUUUAUAUAUGACGGUGAUAAGGGUACAAUAUCAUCAGGGACUGUUAAAAGAGAGCAGAGCUUUCACAUGGAACAGCCAAACUCUCAACCUGCAACCACUUCAAAGUCGGCCACAGCGUCAUCUACUCCCAGUAGUGAAUCGCCGCAGUCAGAGAUCCAUGUCAUGACCCAAAGUUUGUUUGAUGAAUUCAAUCCUCCCCAACAGAGCACACUUGAUCCUAUGACAGCUGGCGUGUACGGGAGUCUGAGUGGAGAUGUUAUUGAUGACACAAUGCCGAGUGGUUCAAGCUCCUUGGGAGCAUUUGACCUGACCGAGCAGUCUUCCCCAGACUCGUCACCAGAUCUAGCGCCAGAGGGAUCUAGCAUAGACAUAUUUUCAUCCUCAACAAGCAUUAAUCUCUCCUCUCCAGUUAUGAUGUUGGACAAUCCAUUCACCAGAAGCUUCGGAUUGAAUCUGGAGAACACACUUAGUGUGGGAUCUGCCAGUAGCUGUACCGAGCCGACCUCGGCAGAGUACCUUACACCAGCCUGUAGCAGUGGGGGAGACUUCCUCGAUAGUCCACGUCACAACUGUCUGCUCGACGUUCUUGCUGUGGAGCUGGCUGACAUGGAUCUGUUCUCUGCAGAAAGGGUAGAGAAAUCCUCAUACAAUCAGGUUGAUCGGAAUCAAGAUCUGGAAUUCACAGACUGUGUGAUCAAGCGACAGGGAGCUCGGGCCCUCAAAGAGAAGAUUCUCUUGAAACUACACAUUGAGAGAAACCUGGAAAAUCUUGUGAGUCACUCAGCACCAGACUGGCAGAUACAGGGAGCUCUAUCAUCCGUCCACUGUUCACUGGAUCUGGUUCAGUAUAAGUUGAUACGUGGAAUUCUUGAGCACAAUCUUGGUGAAAAACUGGAGGAGUUCAAACGACCCAUGAUGUCCCACCUGCAGGAUCCUAAGAUUGAGACUGUUUUGAGUGGUAAGGUUUGGAAGGGAAUGUCAUUGACCAUUGACCUCAACAAUGUGACCUUGGAACUGCUGAUGUGUCAUAGUGGACAGGGGUCAGACUGUCCAGAGUCUUCUGUAGCCAGGUUGGACUUCAUUUCCUCUUCUUUCUCCUUUGACAGCUAUUCGGACCAGUCCAAGGAUGUGGACUUAGUGUCCCACGAGAUUGCGAUCUACGAUACCAGAUACAGGGAUGCCCCUGCCAAUGUUCGCCCUAAUGUGUUUGAGAAAAUCCUCCAGAAUGGCCAGAAGCCAGGGAGCACAAGUACCAGCCUCCAGAUGGAACUCCACUACCGGGCGACAAAGGAGUCCAAUCGCUUCAUGGUCUUACUUCAUAACAUGAAACUGAUGUGUGUGUUUGACUGGUUCCUAUCAUUACAGGAGUUCCUGCUCACCAAACCUGAGGACCCUUUCGCUUCAGAGCAAGAAUCAUGUGAGGUGGAGAGACAGAACUCGUCAGGAGCUUCCGAAGACGACCAGGCUUCAGCCUCUAUGUCCAGUGGGUCUCGUGCGUACAGUCCCCUCACUGUGUCCCAGGGAAUCAUGACCAAGCGCGGGCCCAUCGUUGAACAGCUGGAGGUGCCGUUUGAAUUUAAACUCAAUGUAACAGAUACACAGUUUGUUGUGGUAGAGGACAGCACCUCCUGGGAUACCAAUGCUGUCAUACUCAAGAGUACAGCUAUGCUGAGUUACCGCCCUAAGGCCCAGGACAAGCUCAUGUCAUGUAGCCUCCAGAGUAUUGAAGUGUUCUCUUGCUCAUUAGUCAACGAGGAGGAAACAGCUUUGUCCAUCAUCGACCCUCUCACCAUCACGAUAGACCUCAAUGCUAAUCCUCUACCCGAGCCUAAGCCCAGUCCUUCUGGGGGACUACUGGAUGCAGCCCUACCCCCGGACCGUGCUCUUGUACUCGAGGUUUCUUUCAAUACAAUGAACAUCCGGUUGUCCUACCAUGAUAUGAAGAUGUUUCUAGCCAUAUUAAACUCAUUACCCAAACAAGCACUUCAGGCCAAGAACAGGGAUUCUCAGAAGACGUCCAAUAAAUACCCAAAACACCAAAUCCAGAAGUUACAGGAACUUGGAUUUAGUAAGGAGGACUGUCAGAAAGCAUGGUCGGCUGUGGAUGGAGACAUGAACGAAGCUGCCGUGUGGUUAACCAGACACUGUACACACGUUCCUGCCCUACCCCAGGGACAGCAGAAUCUUGACCUCACAGGUGUGAAGCUGAUUGCCAACUGUCUCUGCCUCUGUUUCAUCGACGACUGUCGGGACUCGGAUGUCCCACUUGGUGAAAUAGCGUUCAGUUCCAUCAACUUCCAUCAGAGGCUUGGUCAAGACCAAGAGGGUACAGCUUCCUUCCAAAUGGCUGGUGAUUUCUACAACCGGGCCCUGUCUGGCUGGGAACCCUUCUUAGAGCAGUGGAGGUGCCAUUUGGAGUGGAAAAAAUAUGUGAAAAAUAAUGAAGAAAAGACACAUUUCCAGAUCAAUGCCCAGGAUGUGUUGAACAUCAACAUCACCAGUGCCUUACUGGAACAGUACAGGAAGACCAAGCUAACAUGGACCGAGGAUUACUACAAACAUAUAUCCACUAAUGUCACUCAGUCCAACGGAUCACCACAAGAUCCUGUGCCCUUGGCUAGUCAGAGGCGCCGAAUACCGUUUGUGCCGUUCCUCAUCCAUAAUCAGACUGGCUGUCCUCUCUGGUUCCACACUGUCACAACAAACCCCUCCAAGACGACCCGCCUCACUGGUCCUAAUGAGGGACAGGUGACCGGCAGUGCCUACAUCAAUGCCUCUAAGUGGACGAAGGUUAAACCGGGCCAACAGAUGUCCUUUGUGUUCCACAGGAAGGAGAAAAUCAGACACAAGAAAAGUCAUGAGUUACAGAUCAAUCAACUCGGAGUUAAAGUUGAGGGCUGGCACCGAGUGACCCCAGUCACGGUGGACAAGGUUGGCGUAUACUUCAGACACGCCGAGCCUGACACAAAGUCUGCCACAGGGCUGUCAGGGUUGACUUUUGAGUCGAACCAUGACCCCGCCAAGCAGCAGAUUGCCCGGAUCGUGUUUGAUGUGCAUCAGGAGGGCAGUGCCAGGAAAGUCAUCACAGUCCGCUCAGCACUCAUGGUCGUCAACAAGCUUGACUGUACAAUCGACCUCAAGAUGGUGCUUGGAACACAGUUUGAGGGAAAUGUUGAGAUCCUGCCAAUACCAUCAGGAGGCAGUGUCCCCAUUCCCCUACCCUUUAUCAUGGCACAGUUGUACAUGAAGCCCUGUGAUUGGCCAGUCAAGUUUUGUAAGCAGACAAUCCAGUGGCAGCAUGUUGGCCUGGCAGGACAAAUCAAAGAUAAGAUUAUGAAGUGCGAGACAUAUGAUGUCGCAGGGAUAUACAGGUUCUGUGCCGCAGUGAAGAGGGAACACUACCCUGAGCAGAACUUCACACAUGAAGUGCCCAUACUACCUGGUCAUGUGAUCACACUCAAACCACCUGUCAUCAUACACAGCCUGCUGCCAAUCGACCUCAACUAUUACCUUAAAGACACAGAUAUAUCGGGGACAGUCAAACCUGGCAAGAGUGCUGCGUUACAUGCGGCUGAUCCAAGUCAGGCCAUGGAGCUUGGGAUCUUCUUAGAAAACUUCUCUAACUGCUCAGAGCUGAUCGUACCCCCUGACACAACGUACUACAAAGUCAAACUGAGGCUGUUCGACUGCCAGAAACGAAAACUAGAGCUGUUCGUACGGAUUGUGUCCCGGAAAGGAGGCUGUGUUAAUUUGUACAUCAUGGCCGCCUACUGGUUGGUGAACAAGUCUGGGUUGCCACUGAUCUUCCGUCAGGAGAGCUGUAAGGUUGACUCCGCGGGACAGUUUGAGGAACAUGAGCUGGCUCGCAGUGUCACCCCAUUACUGUUUAGCUACCAUGAGAAGGAGUUGUCCAACCUGUGUACAAUGAGAGUCGGAAAGUCAGUCCACGGACCAGUCGCCAUACCUAACUGGUGUCACCGUUUUUCGCUGGAGAGUGGUACAGGAAUGCGGAAGCUACACGUGGUGCCUAAAGAGCAGAACCGACCUGAUUGGGUUUACAACAUAGGUAUCGAGGUGAGACAGGGAAAAGGCAAAUACCGAGACACAAACAUCGUGACGUUCGCACCAAGAUUUGAAAUUGACAAUCAGUCCAGCCAUAAGUUGGCCAUAGUACAGAGGCAUAUUAGCAAAAGGGAGACUGUGACAAGAAGUAUUGACAGUCACCUUUCUGCCUUACCUGGAUGUAAGCUGCCUUUUCAUUGGCCGAGACUGGACCUGGACCAGCUGCUGUGUGUGCGGCUGAUGGAUGUGCCCCAGUGUAGGUGGUCUGGAGGCUUUAGGAUAGACCGCAUCGACUCCUUUCACAUCAACAUGAGAACGACAGAUGACGUAGCUCACUUGCUGAAGGUGGAGGUUGUGAUGCAGGGGCCAACCUUUUUCAUUGUGUUUGGUGAUGCAGAGGAAAUGCCGCCGCCUUUUAGGAUAGACAACAAGGCAGAAGUACCCAUCAAAUACUACCAGACAGGCAUAGAAGAUGUCACUCUGAUGUCCAACAUCAAACCACACACCUCAUUGGCAUAUGCUUGGGAUGAGCCGACCUUUGCCCCUUCUAUCUCGCUGUGUGUACAGGGAGGAACAAGCGCUACAUACAAUAUGAACAAGCUGGAGGAGGGGGACAAACUCUACUACCAAAACUUUAUCUACCUCGCAUCUACAGCUUCUUUUAACCAGACUGGUCUAGAUGAAAACAAACAGGACCUGGUGCUAGAUUGUAUUCACGAAAACCACAUUGUGUUCAGGAAAAAGGAGAAUGGGAAGAGGUCCCAGUUAUGGCGUAUGACAACAAAAGGAAUGUUGGAGCAUGAGGGCUCUAUGCCCCCGCGGGAUCCUCGUAAACAGGGAAGCUCUUCCAAUCGUCUGGUCUUGGAUAUAGCAGCCAUUGCUCCACAGCCUGGAAAAAAGGUGCCGCUGACGUUGAGAAAGAUAGACGAGCGCAGGUUGUCCACACAGAAAUGGUGCUUCAAAGAUGGGAAGCUGUGCUGUGGAAGUGGUGUGCUAUGUGUCCAGGCCCUUGGAGAUUAUCUACAAGACGGUGCUGUAGGAAUGCUAGGCCCGUGUCCAUCUUCCACGUCCAGUUCAGUCCCCAUACUGGCCCAAAUGUCCAGCCAGCGCCUCCACCCUGGCUCAGGUCACCUGUCAGUUAGGGUCAUGAUGGAUGGACCAAUCAGAGUGCUAGAAGUAACAGACACUCAGAAAAAGCAAGUUGUCCAGCAGAAGAGUUCUGAUGAUGAUGGAUGGGAGGUGUACGAUAUCAAAGAUACUGAGGGCAAACGGGGAAAUAUUAAAGAUCAGCUGCCGGAACCAAAAACCAGUCUGGAGCUCUCAAUGAACCUGAAGGGUGGCUUGGGGAUUUCUCUGGUGAACAAGAACGCUGAAGAACUAUUGUAUAUCUCAAUGAGGAACAUCAUCAUGGACUACUCUUCCACACCCUCCAGUAUCAAGAUGGACAUCAGUGUAGCUAGUGUUCAGAUGGAUAACCAGCUGUUUGGUACCCAGCGCCCAGUGAUGCUGUAUGUGACACCCACCUCCAAACAAGAGGGGCCUGACAAGACCUAUGCCCUCCACAUGGCUGUGCACAAGAUACCCAACACCAAGUGGAAUGCAGACAUUUAUAAACAUCUGUUUAUUACUAUGAAGAAGAUGAGUGUCCAGCUGGAGGAACGACUGCUGUGGAAAAUAAUCCAGUUCAUCGGGUCUGAUAACUCGGAUUCAGUGGAGGAAAAGUUAGAUCAGAAAGCAGACCAGAGGGAAUUUGACACCAGAAAGGCAUUGGUAGCUGCUACGUCAGUGCAGUCGAAGCGUUACUAUUUUGGGACCUUAAAGAUCAACUCGAGUCGCUUGAGCCUCAGUAUGCUGACUGCCAGUAAACUGUCUUUGGACCUCCAACAUAUCAAAAACGACAGCUCUAUCCCACUCGUCAAAUUUGAGGAUGCCAAAGUUGAUCUGGAUCCCUUCAUCAGACACCAUCCCUUUGAGACAAUAGAUUUCCUGACCCGGGAGCUAAUGAUCCACUACACCAAUGAGUUAAAGAGUCAGGCUGCCAAGAUUCUUGGUUCUGUUGACUUCCUUGGUAAUCCACUUGGACUGUUUAACGACGUCACUGAGGGGAUAUCUGGACUCAUCAAAGAUGGAAACGUCGGCGGACUGCUGAAAAAUGUCACCCAUGGUGUGUCCAACUCCGCAGCAAAGUUUGUAACAUCCCUGUCUGACGGUGUGGGGACACUAAACAUGGAUACCAAGCACAACGACACCCGGGACCAGAUUCGUACCCACAGCGGAGGCGGGGGAAGCCAUCUGGUGGCCGGUAUCAAAGGCUUUGGGUACGGCCUCUAUGGAGGAUUGACCAGUAUCGUCACACAGACCUAUGAGGGGGUCAAAGAGGAAGGAGUCGAGGGUCUGUUCACAGGAUUUGGUAAGGGGAUGAUUGGCACGGUUACCAAGCCAGUAGCAGGUGUACUUGAUCUUGCGUCCGGUGCCGCCAAUGCAGUGAAAGACACAAGUAGUAGUAGUUCACACAAGUGUCCUGAGCGUGUGCGAUGGCCACGCUGUUGCCAUGGUCCUGGCGGCCUGCUGCCGUCUUAUUCCGACCUUCAAGCUAGGUCACAGGAACUCAUGUACAAGUUCAACAGGAACAAGCAAGACGAAUUUUUCAUUGCAUUAGAGAAGGUGCGUUCUGGAAAGGAGGAAGGCCUGAAAGCUCUCAUCACGAGUAAGCAUGUGUACUUCCUGAGGAAGGGGAGCUUGAACCCUGACAACAUCAUGCUGCAAGUCUCGCACCGAGAAAUUGUCGAGUGUAAAAUCAUCGAAAACAAUGAACGAUUUUACAUUGAGUUAUUCAAGCAGGGUGAUGAUGGUGGUGAGAAAUUGACUGGUGCAACACAAAAACGACCCCAAAUACGCUGUGAAAAACGACACAUGGCUCAAAGGGUAUCUCAGCAAAUUAACUAUGCCAGAAACUUAUUCGACGAGCAACGACACACACUGUCCGAGGGGGAAAGAGGUGAGGAGGAGGAAUAACCAGUUGAUAUUUAACUACCAGGCAGUAAAGUAAACUUAAAACAUACUGUGAACUUCUAGCAGGGAAACCGAUAAUGGGAUUCAUUAAUCAGGAUCCUGAACUGUGAACAAUGGCAUACCCUGCUAAAAAGGAAGGAAAUCAGAAGGAAAAGCUACUGGUAGUGAGAAUUUGUUUCAGAAACAACAUUAGAUUAGAACCUAUUGGGGAAUGAUCUUUACUUUUCUAAAUCUAGAUUGAAGAAGAAUUAUAUGGAGGAUAAAUGAUUGAAAAGACUAAUGUUUUAAGAUAUUGACAUCUUUUGUAAAUAAUGAACAAUUUCAAUUUGAUGUCAAAGGACAAGUGGAAACAUGGAUUCAGCAUAAUAGGGAAUAAACCAUUGGAAUUACUUAGAGAAAAAUAGACAUAUAACAAACAUAAGUAAUGUUCAAGGUGCCAAAUGUGAUAUUUAAAUGAUGACGACAAGAUGUAUAUGGCGUGUUUUCUGUGAUUCUUGUCAAGUAAACCGACUUUGACGAACAACCUUAUGUGUGAUGUAGAUUUAGAUAGCCAGGACCAAAAUCUGUGUUACAAUUUUUAUGAUUUUAUGAUUUGUAUAGUUUUGUGAUAGAUUUGUCAUGUUCUGUUUGUGUAUGGUGCCAAGUUUUGCCAGAUGCUAUUUUGUAUGUUAACAAACGAAUCAAUUGAUUCAAACUUUCACUAUGAGAACCUUCUGUUUGAACAAAUUUUGAUAAAUUGGGCAAUUGUAAGUGCAUGUACCAAACUUGUGAUUUUACUGACCAAUCAAUCCCUCAGCUUCCAACCACUGACCACUAGAGAAUUUGAAAUGUGAUGAAAAUGAAGUUACAAAGCUUUCAGAUGUUAUAAUCAAAAUGAAAGUGUCUUUUUGCUGACAAAUAUAUGUGUAUAUAUUUGUACGAGUUGUAUGUCUGUGCUGUUAUUGCUGUACAAAUAUUAACUUGGGAUGUGGACCUGUGUGCAUGGGACAUUUUAUGGAUAAUUGGAUAAUGUAGAUUGUGUAACUCACUGUGUUGUGUCACAGGAGGGCAAGUGUAAUUGGUGGAUAUAUCUUACAGAAUAUCUGUUGUAAUGUUUCUGUGAGUUUUGUCAGAGUACAUGACCGUAUCAUAUAGUCACAUUCCUUCACCGUGUAACACUCACAGCAAUGUCAGAUGCCACUACAUCUAUUCACUGAAUCCACCAUACAGCUCCUGUGGUUAGUGCCUCGUCUUACCUUCUGUAUCAUAUUGAAAGGGGAAAAAAACAUUUUGAUUGUAAAAAAAAUAAUCUUCAUGAGUAUAUCCCAGUCUAGUUUUGCAGUACAUCUGUUUUAACAAGAACAGGAUAAGUGGGUUUGUUUUAUUUUUGCAAAUAAUGUAUGCUGCCUGUUUUCAUGUAGACAUAAAUCCUUAAAUAUUUCACCAAGUGCUGUCUUGUGAUAAAAAAAAACUCAUUAGGUUUUUAGAGACACAGUAAAGGUCUGAAUUAAUAUUAUCCAUUCUUAGUAGUACCAGAUCUAGACUUACCUUCCAUGUCACCAACAAAGUUCAAAUAAUCUAGAAUGUUCUGUCAUCUGGCUGGUAAAGACUAUGUAUCAAUUAUCAAAUGUGAACAAAUAUGGAUGAGACCUUUUUAACAGUUUACCUGUAGGUCCAUUUUUGUACGGCUGUGGUCAGUUUAUGUCCUUCCAUUCCGGGUUGUGACCAGCUUUCUGUUAAAAUUUCUUGGAAAAAGAUAUAUUUUACCUUCCAAUGCAUUUCUUAGUUGCAGAUCUUUAUAAUUUUUCGGUAAUAAUUUUUAUACUGAAAUCAUGUGUACGUAAUUGAAUUAUCUAUCGAUCAAUAUUUUAUGUGCAGAAAUUGUAGAGUGUAAAAUUGUAUUUUACUUUAGUAUUGAAUAACUUUCGUCCAUUUUCUCCACUUGUUUUUCUGACUAUCCUGCUGAAGAUACACAUGUUAUAUGUGUAUAGGCGUUUUUCUUUUGGCAGCUUUUGCAUAUAUUUUGAUUUCGCUGGUGUUCUGCUUCCUUUUCCACUCCCUAUGAGCUUAUUGACUGACUUUGUUUUGUUUCAGCUUCUAAGAUGAUUUAUUUUGUUGUCAUUUAACUGAUGUAGUUAAAUGCGUGCCCCCCCAUCCCUUCCAUGUGUGAGUUAAAUAUGGCUGUUUUUGUUUUACACUUUUCUCCUUAUUGAGACGCCAGACUACGCCACACUACAGGAGUCAUUGCUAUUUUUCAGUCAUUAUUGGGUGUUUCAUUGUAAAUUCCAUUUUAUUUAAGAUGGUCACAUUCUCGAGAUAGAUAUAUAUAUAUUUUGUAAUACCUAGUGAUCUCUGUUUUAACUGUACUGUCCGCUACUACUGAACUGUGUCUUACCAAGCAAUUAGUAUGAUGUAAAAUAAUAUUAUGAUUGUUCAAUGUAAUAUAUAUAGGUCCUGUAAGUAAUACUGAGUGUGAUCCAAUAUAGGAACUAGAUCCGAACAAAUAGAUAUCUUGUAUAUAUUAGAUGUCAAUACUCGAUGAAAUCAAGCAAAUCCCAUGAUAGUUGAUCUUCUGCCGAAUGUAAUCAGCCCCAUACAGUGUAUAUAUGAGAAUCAAUUAUCAAAUGAGUGUUUUAUAAAAAAAAAUAGAUGUGUCAUGAAACAAUUGUUAGCUGUUAUUUUUAAAAAGAUUUGUUCUUUGUUCGGGUUUUUUUCACAGUUGAUACUCGGACCAAUGACAGAAGCUGCUCAUCUGAAAUUAAAUUCUGAAUCCACUCCAAACUUCAACCUCCUUGAAAUGGCUUCUUUAAAUUUUUGUUUCCAUGGCAAAAGAAUAUAAAAGCUUCAUUAAAUAGUUAUGUCAGAAGAGGAAACUUUCCCAAAUAUGUGAAACUAAAACCUCUACAGAAGGCCAGUAUGCCUUACGCCAAAUCAGAGCUGAAAUGCUUAUUAUCGAUAACAACAUUGUGUCAUGCAUUAACAAAAACUUUGGGUAUUAUAAUUUAGCAUUAUACAUUCUGCAGUUGGUAUUUUCAAAUUGCAUUUGCACAUUUUUCAAUUGGCAUUUUUGCAUUUGAAAAUUGAAAUCCUGAUGUGAACAACAGAUUAUACAUGCUCUAUUAACAUGAGCAGACAAAAGCAUGGGGAUCAAACGAGAUUGACCACUGAUCAAUGCUACCUAUCACAAAUGAGAAACAAAAAAUUGAAUGCACAAUCUUUUAAAAUAGGCAUUAAAAUUUUAACUUUAGCAAUUGGCAUUUCACAAUUGGCAUUAUGCAUCCGGCAUUACAAAUUUGACAUUUGACAUUUGGCAUUGCACAACCGUCUUCCAACGAACUGCAUUAGACUUAUGAAACCAAUACCCUGGCAAGUAAAGCCAAUAAUUGGACAUUAAAUUAUUUUUUCUAAAGAGGAAAAAUGAAUUUAGAAAUAUAUAGGUUAGUGCAUUAUAACUGUAUUGUACCUUUCUGUGUUUCAACCAAUAGUAUGAGUAGACAUAUUUAGAGUAUUAUAAUCUAAUUUAUUGUAAGUGCUGCAACAUAAAUCUGUAAAAAAAAAAUGAAAAUGAAAAUAAUCAUUUAAUGUAUAUUUAUAUCUAUAUAUAAUGCUGAUUCUAGGGAAAUUGUAGACUAAACAAUGAAUGGGCCAAUGAUGGAUAUAAAUAUUAAUUUGACUUUCCUUACUGUUUGAAAGAAAUUGCCAGAAAAAAAUGUAAAUGAAAAAUAAUAAAAUGAGUAGAUAAGAUAAAAAAAAAUUUGAGUUACCAAAUUUAGAACUUAUAGAUUAUAAAGUGUUCAACAUACAGAUAAAAAGGCAUCUUAUUUAUCUUCAGACAUAUGAGCAUUACACCAAAUGUAAGUUACUUAGAGAUAAAUAAUUAAGCCUCGUGUUGUGAUUUGUUUUAUUGUCUGUUGUCUUUGAUAAAGGUAGGAUUCAUCAGGAACUAGAGCUCCAGGGCUGGUCACUUUUUUGUUUAUACUUUUUUGUUUAAGUUAACAUGGGCGUGAGUGUAAUCGGUGACAUUAUAUAAAGAUAUGUGACAAUGCUUGUAUUCUAUAUUACUUUUCUUCUGGAUGUACAGGUCAUCAUUGCUGUGAAAUCUCUCUAGUAGUUAUCCUGAUUUGGUACCUGUUUACUUUUCGAAACUUAUACCAAACAACAUUAAAAAAACAGCAAUGAGGAUUAACAUCAUUAUAUGACACCAAGAUCAGUGAUAUUUAUUAUAUCUGUUUGUCAUAUUCUUAACUAUGGCAAGCCAACUUAACUUUUAUUCCAGAAGCAAUGUCGAUCCUGUAUUUCA